CCUACAUCUGAGGCUUCAGCUCUCGAUGCUUUCAUUUUGCCUUAGCCUAAGCAUUGCUUUUGAAAGGCAAUUUAUUUGUAACGGCAAUUUCUCUGCUUUAAUCGCUACACCCCUCCCAUAAUAUUCCCAAAGAUCCCAGUUUUAACUUUUAAGCAUGUCUGUUCAGCUAUGUUACGAUCCUUCGAAGGCUGGAAUAGAAGUAGACAAGUGUGCUCUAAUUCCUCCGGAAUCUGGUUUUCACCUUGUGUGUCUCUGCGAAGAGUGUGUUCCAAAACUAAGAGAGCUCUCUGCUUUUGAGAAAGAGAUAAAAUCCAAGCGGCGGUUUGUCGAGGUUUGUCGAUGUCAGUACUAAUACUUCAAUAGAGGAAGAUAAUAGAGGCAAAAACGCAUAAAUAAUACUACGUAUAUAGGUUAAUCGAUCAAUAUUUCUUCUUCGUUGGUUUGUAUGAUUUGAUGUGCAAGCAGGAAUACCUAUACCUAAUCAAUCGGACACAAGAUCGGAGUGUGUUUCUUUCUACAGCCGUUGAGCGGACGAAAAAGAUGCUGGAUUUACUUCUCAAUAACCUCUCAACAGCUUAUAAGAAGUCGGGAAUCUCAUUUACGCUUCAACGAAGUGCUUCUGUAGUCAAACUUGAACAAACUGAUUUGGUAAUAGCUAGAUUGCUAGUACAGCAUGACCUCAUGAAUGACUUUGAGAAUGAAAAUGCAAUUGAGAUUUGUGAUGAAGAUGAUGAUGAUGAUGAUGAAGGGGAGAAUGAGGAAGAGGAAGGGAAAGAGGAGAAAACUGAUGAGAUUAUUCCUAUUGGGUCUAAGAUCCGUUCUCUGCUAUAUUUGUAUGGGGAAACCAAGGUUAAAGAUGUUGCUCAUAGCCUACUUGAAAGGAUUGGUAAUCUAGAAAAAGAACUCUGGGAGGCUCAGAAAUCUGCUGUAGGAGAAAAUAAACCAAUGGAUCCCUUGAUUCCCAUGAAGUGCAUUGAAGAACAAAUUAGGCUUAUAAAGAAGCUGCCAGUUGAAGAAUUGUACGAUGAAGUUAAAGAGCUGGUUUCUCAACUAACCCACAGGAAUGAGAAAGUGGGAACGGCUCUCGCAGCAUCGGAUGUCGUAUCCAAUACUUGUGAUGCUAUGAUUCAAAUAAGGAAUGAUUUCUUGCGAAAGUACAAUAAGUGUGAUAUUUCGUCCUUGACAAACGGAAAUGGAAAUAAACACGGUUUGAAUGGAUUCGGAGAAACCCUUGAUUCUCUAUUGAUCCAGGUUAAAUUGUUUAAAGAUCGUUGGGAGACAGACUAUGCCCCUUUCUUUACUCCAUAUGAUCGGUUAGACCCUAAAAGGCAACGGACUGAUUGAAUGCUGUGGAUAGUUUUGCCUCCAGUUUCCUGAUGUCGAAGUUAAAUAUCUGAUGUUUCUUCUGGUGGGUAUUGUAUUUUUUUGAACAAACCACCACGAUGGCUGGCUGGUUGACCUCAAGUUUGCCUUGGGAACCCUUCAAAGCUCAAUGCCUGAAAUAUGUCUGGGGUUACAUUUUGUACUGCUAACUCGUAUAGUUAUUAUGUCUAUUAUUUAUAACUAUUAUAAUAAUAAUAGUACUACUACUAUUAUUGCUCUUGCUCUUGCUCUUGCUCUUGCUCUUGCUCUUGCUCUUGCUCUUGCUCUUGCUCUUGCUCUUGCUCUUGCUCUUGCUCUUGCUCUUGCUCUUGCUCUUGCUCUUGCUCCUGCUCCUGCUCCUGCUCUUGCUCCUGCUCCCGCUCUUGCUAUUGCUAUUUUCAUGUUUCUGAUGUGGAAAUGCUAAAAGUUGUAAGAAGCAUUCACUUGAUAUGCUGUUUUAAUCGUGGUUAUUGAUAUUCAUUAUAUUUGGAGGCUUGGAGCUCUACUUGAUCAUCUCCUUGAUUGAUUCCCUUCUGGCUAAGCGUAGGGCUAAUCCCC